AAAGUGAAAAAUAAAAUAAAUUAAAUAAUUUUCAAUUAUUAACAAAGAAUUUCGUGCUAAUCCCCCUCUCACUGUGAUAUAACUUAUGCAGCAUAAUAUAAUCUAAAAAAUACAAAUAAACUACUUUUAGUACCUUAAUAAUAUAAUAAACGCGCCACUUUGAGCGCACCCACACAUGUACAUACACAUAUAGACAUACAUAAGCAUAUAUGUAUGCAUAUAAAAGAAGAAAGUGACAAGUUCCACUUAACUUUUAUGCGCAAUUUGCCGUUUGAUUAUAUCUCAAACAAACACACACACACACACAAGCACUCACAUACAGCCACACAGCAACACAAACAUAAGCUCCGUGUGACAAUAGUGACAACAAAAGUGCAAAUAGAAUAGAAUAGCAGCAAAUUUACAUAUUAAACGCCGCCAGUGUAAGUCGCUUUUAAGUGGCGCCCCCAGUCAGCAACGGCAGCCUCCAGCAAGUGUCGUCGAGCAUAAGCGAGUGAACAAGCACUUCACUUCACUUCACUUCACCGCACUCUACAAGGAAUCUCUAAACUUGUUGCCGGAAACUUCUAGUUGGGGAAAAGUGAAAAUGGAGUCGCUACACAAAUCGGUUUUCAUGCUACUCUUCACUCUAUGCCUUACAUUAAGCGCCGCACUCGAAGAGGACUGCAUUGAUUUCCAAGGCAAUUCCGUUAAUCAUGGCAUGUUGUAUGUCCCCGGACCGGGUGUCUGCAGUUUGUGUGUCUGCUAUCACUCGGAGCCGCUUUGGUGCAAGGCCAUCUAUUGUGAUCCACCUUAUUUCUGUAAGAAUUUCCGUGUAGGCGAACGCUGUUGUGAAUUCGAGUGUUUGGAUCCACCCGGAGAGGAUAAUAAAUAUCAAGAACGCAUGCGAAAACGGGCGGAAAUUUUAGCUGGCAAUAGCACUGCAUCGUUGCAUCGCAUCACACCGCUCACCGUCUCCACCAUCGUGUUUACAGUUAUAACAAAUGGCUUUUUGAAUUUAUAACUUCAAGCGAAAGGCGAAAUCACAGAUGGCGGUUGGUGGUGAAGCGUGGGAGUUGAGCGAAACAAAGUAGAAACGGAAAGCGCCUUAUUCGUCUGUGUGUCUGUCCCUCUGUCUCUAUGUAUCUGUGUGUACAUAUAUGUGAGUAGAGUAGUGGUGCGCAGGAAGUCGCUAUCGGUGGUGGUGUAACAAAUUUAGAAACAUACAUACAUACAGACUCUACAUGCAUGUGAAUUUAGCACAUUUUUUUACUUACUUCAAUAAUAACAAUAAUUUAGUGCAGAAAGCAAAAACUACAAUCUUAGUGGGAAGAUGAAAAAAUAAUUAUUUCAAAUAAAAUGAAAAAUUAAUUAAGUAAAAAAAUAAAAACUUAAAAUAAAAAUUAAAAAUUUUUGAAACAAAAAUUAAUUUGGAAAAAAAUUAAAAAUAUUUAAAAUAAAAAUUAAAAAAAAGAUAUAAAAAAUAUAUAAAAUAAAAAUUUAAAAUAUUAUAAUAAAAAAAUUUGAAAUAAAAAUUAAAAAUUAAAAUAAAAUUAAUUCUUGAAAAUAGAAAAAAAUAAAUCAAUGUUAAAUUGUGGGAAAAUUGAAAAUCGCAAAAACUUUUAAUAAAAUUUCUGUACAAUUGACACAUGGAUACACAUUUAUGUAGCUAAACUAAUGAUGAAUUAAAUAAAUAUUUAAAAAACUAUAAAAAAUAUAUCUAAUGUAAUCUGAUAAUAAUUUUAAAAAUCUAGAAAUAUAUUGCAGAUAUAUAAUUUUACUGUACCAAAAAUUAAUGCAGGUGUACAUAAACAAAUGAACAAUAUAUGCUAGGUUCUCAUUUUCAAGCAAAUACUGACAUUAACUUAAAUAUACCAAUAUUAGCUGCUACCAAAAAAAAAAAACAAUAUAUUCAAAUCACAAAAAAAAAAUAAUAAAAUAAUAAUAAAUAAAAAAAUUAAACAAAUUUCGAGUGAAAAUAUAUUAAAAAAAUUAUUUUAGAAUUUUCGGGCAGGAAAAUAAAAAUAAUAAUAAAUAAUAAAAAAAUAUAUAUUUAAACAGAUUUGGAGAGACAAAAUAAUAAAAAAAUAAAAUUUUCAGGCAUUUAGGGUCUUCUAAAAUAUUAUCGAAUAUAAAUUUCUUCAAAAUUUCUAAGUAAAAUUGAACAAUAACAUUUUUACCACAAUUUCGGUCUCAACAAUUUAGUUUUUUUCUACCUUUUCAUUUCCCUAGUAGUCUAGAACAACAUAUCUACUUCAAUGACUUGCAAGUGAAACACAAAAAAAAAUCAUUUAUAUAUACAAUUGUGUGUACAUAUGUAUAACAUAACAUAAUGAAUAUCAUUUACGACAUAAACACAUUUUUUAAUUGGUGCUAGUGAAAAACACUUGAUUAAAAUUUAGAUAAAAAUGGAUUACUUGACGAACGAACAAAACAUAUUCAGCAAUUUUGCUUGUUUUCAUACAUACGAACAUACAUAUAUAGUUGCAUAUUACAUAUGUACUUCCACAUAAACACAUAUACAAUGUACAUAGUACACAAAUUAUGAAUAAAUUGACCUUUAAUGCAUGCAUAUUAAUACAUAAUACAAAUCUACUUGUAUAUACAUACAUACAUACAUUAUAAGGAAAAAAACUUUUGUACAUACAAUGUACAUAUUUGGUAGCUUUGAAUUCUUAGGUAAAUGCUUUUAAUGCAUUAAAAACACCAAUAUUUACAAGCAAACUUGCAUAAUCUAAUUACAAUACUAUAUAUUUCAAUAAUAAAAUUUAAAAAAUAUAAUUUGUAAUAAAAAAAAUCAAUAAAUAUAAAAAACUGGUUUUAGUAAAAAUAAUAAUAUAUUUAUAAGUAGGGGAGGGCGUUUACAUACAUAGAAACAUACAUAUAUAGAAUAGAGUGGUAAUGGCUUUGAAAAGUGUUAGUUUUAAUUAUAUACUAAUAAUGAUUAAUAAUUGUCAAAUUCAAUUUAAAAAAAUAUAACUAAAAACAUAAUUAAAACAAAUUUGCUAAAUUAUAUAAAUUUACAAAUAAAUAUGGAUGAUAUAAAAAAUAAUAA